AGGCUAGGCAGCCUAGGCUUGAACGGAUCUCCCUUGAUUACCAACUUAGGAAGAGGAAAGUAAUGGGUAGAUCACCAACACCAUCAGUUCUUUGUGCCCUGGCCUUUUACUUUGUAUUCCUCCUGGCCUUGGACCGCUUGGUUCAGAUUGUCCGAGCUCAAAUUGGUGCUACUCCUCCUUCCGAAGUGAGUGCUUUGAACUCCGUCUUCAACCAAUGGGGAUUAUCAUUAUCCUCAACAAAUUAUCAAUGGAACAUAAGCGGAGAACCAUGCAGUGGAGCCGCCAUCGACACUAGCGUUCUCUGGGACAUCUACAGUACAGAUUAUAAUCCUGGUAUCCGAUGCGAUUGCAAUGGGACUGUUUGCCACAUUACCCAACUUAAAGUCAUUGUGCUGGAUGUUUUUGGAGGAAUCCCGGAGGAGCUGUGGUCUUUGACUUCCCUCACAAAUUUGAACUUGGGCCAAAAUUACCUGACUGGUCCCCUGUCUUCAUCCAUUGCCAAUCUAACUCGAAUGCAGUGGCUGUAAGCCACCUUAUUUUUUAUUUAACGUUGUUUGCAGGUCGUUAAUAUUUUAUCCAUGCAUGUCUAACUAAACUCCUUUAAGGGUCUGACACCUCAUUUAAUUGUUUUCAGGUGGCUGGGGGGUAAUGCAUUAUCGGGGGAGGUUCCAAAGGAACUUGGAAAA